UCGCCAGCACCAGAACUCUCUCUCUCUCUCUCUCUCACCCUGUGCGUGUGUGUAUAGUCUUCCAAUGGCAAGGUGCUUUAGUUUGACAGCAUCGGGAAACUGGUGUCUCGCGUUCGUUUUCCGAAGUUCCGGCCUCCGCUCGACGGUCACCGACCUCGGCGACGGCACAAUCAUGCACUGCUGGGUCCCCAAGACCCGUAAACCCACCAAACCUAACUUGGUCCUCAUCCACGGAUUCGGAGCCAACGCAAUGUGGCAAUGGAGCGAAACAAUCCGAGUCCUGAUCUCCCACUUCAACAUCUACGUUCCGGACUUGAUCUUCUUUGGUGACUCGUUCACGACUCGACCGGAGAGGUCGGAAUCGUUCCAGGCUCAGUGUGUAAUGCGAGUCAUGGAUGUUAACUCAGUGGACAAAAUGACUGUGGUGGGGUUGAGCUACGGUGGGUUUGUGGCGUACAGUAUGGCGGCGCAGUUCGAAGAGAGGAUAGAGAGGGUGGUGAUAUGUUGCGCCGGGGUAUGUUUGGAGGAGAAAGAUUUGACGGAGGGGUUGUUUCCGGUGGGGGAGGUGGAGGCGGCGGCGGACAUUUUGGUGCCGCAGACAGCGGAGAAAAUGAGGGAAUUGAUGCGUUUUACUUUUGUAAAGCCACCCAAGAGAUUGCCGACUUUCUUCCUCAAUGACUUCAUUCAGGAAAUGUGUACACAAUACGUAGAGGAGAAGAAAGAGUUGAUUAGAGCCAUCCCAAAAGACAGGAAACUCUCGGACCUUACCAAGAUUACUCAGCCGACCUUAAUAGUCUGGGGAGAUCAAGACAAAAUAUUCCCAUUAGAACUCGGCCAUAGAUUAAAAAGGCAUUUGGGAGAGAAAGCUCAGCUAGUAAUCAUCAAGAACACAGGCCAUGCUUUCAUUUAUGAGAAACCCAGACUGUGCCACAAACACUUGAAAUCCUUCCUCAUUGUUUCGGCGGCCCCUCCUCCUCCUACAAGCCCUCUUCCUAAUUUGCAGAAUGGCAAAUGA